GGCCGGGUUGCUGCCCUUCCACCUGGAGCAGAUCCUGGGCUCUUCCGCUCCUCUCUGCCCACGAUGGGAUGCAGCUCCCAGAAAGUAAGGCCACCGCUCCUGCGGCUCAUAUAUGUGAAUUAUAUUUUAACAUACUACAGAUUAUAUGCUAUGGAUGGGAGCUAUCAAAGUUUAUAAUGUCAAAAACUUUUCUUAGACCAAAGCUAUCUUCCACAAAGGUAGCAGACUGGGUAGACCCAUCAUUUGAUGAUUUUUCAGAGAAUACAAACAUCUCUACUACUCUUACUGCCUCAUCAUUAGGUGUGAAUAACUCAAGUUACAGAAGAAAAAAUGUGCCUUCCACAUUAGAAAAUAGAUUUCCAGCUAGAAAAAAAGGAAAGUUGUCUUCCUUAGAACAGAUCUGUGGCCUAGAAAAUUCAAAAGACUAUCUGCCUGAAAAUGAACCAUGGGUGGAUAAAUAUAAGCCAGAAACUCAGCAUGAACUUGCUGUGCAUAAAAAGAAAAUUGAAGAAGUUGAAACCUGGUUAAAAGCCCAAGUCUUAGAAAGGCAACCAAAACAGGGUGGAUCUAUUUUAUUAAUAACAGGUCCUCCUGGAUGUGGAAAGACAACAACUCUAAAAAUACUGUCAAAGGAGCAUGGUAUUCAAGUACAAGAGUGGAUUAAUCCAGUUUUACCAGACUUCCGAAAAGAUGAUUUCAAGGAGAUACUUAGUCCUGAAUCAAGCCUCCAUAUAUUUCCUUAUCAGUCUCAGAUGGCAGUUUUUAAAGAGUUUCUAUUAAGAGCAACUAAGUAUAACAAACUACAGAUGGUUGGAGAUGAUUUGAGAACUGAUAAGAAGAUAAUUCUCGUUGAAGAUUUCCCUAACCAGUUUUAUCGAGAUUCUCAGAUUUUACAUGAAAUUCUAAGGAAGUAUGUCCAGAUUGGUCGAUGUCCUCUUAUAUUUAUAAUUUCUGACAGUCUCAGUGGAGAUAACAAUCAAAGAUUACUAUUUCCCAAAGAAAUUCAAGAAGAGUGUUCUAUAUCAAAUAUCAAUUUCAAUCCUGUGGCACCAACAAUUAUGAUGAAAUUUCUUAAUCGAAUAAUGACAAUAGAAGCUAAUAAGUGUGGAGGAAAAAUUAUUGUUCCUGAUAAAGCUUCUCUAGAGUCGCUGUGUCAAGGAUGUUCUGGUGAUAUCAGAAGUGCAAUAAACAGCCUCCAGUUUUCUUUUUCAAAAGGAGAGAAAAAUUUAUGGCCAAGGAAAAAAGGAGUGUCUUCGUUAAAAUCCGAUGUUAUGCUGUCAAAAUCAAAACGAAGAAAAAAACCUGACGGGAUUUUUGAAAAUCAAGAAAUCCAAGCUGUUGGUGGCAAAGAUGUUUCUCUCUUUCUCUUCAGAGCUUUGGGGAAAAUACUAUAUUGUAAAAGAACAUCUUUAACAGAAUUAGAUUCUCAUCGGUUGCCUUCUCAUUUAUCAGAGUAUGAGCGGGAUACAUUACUUAUUCAACCCGAGGAAGUAGUAGAAAUGUCGCAUAUGCCCGGAGAGUUAUUUAAUUUAUAUCUUCAUCAAAACUACAUAGAUUUCUUCGUGGAAAUAGAUGAUCUUGUGAGAGCCAGUGAAUUUCUGAGUUUUGCAGAUAUCCUCAGUGGCGACUGGAAUACACACUCUUUACUCAGGGAGUAUAGCACAUCUAUAUCUACGAGAGGCGUGAUACAUUCCAACAAAGCCCGAGGAUUUGCUCACUGCCAAGGAGGAGGAUCAAGUUUUCGACCCUUGCACAAACCUCAGUGGUUUCUAAUAAAUAAAAAGUAUCGAGAGAACUGCCUGGCAGCAAAAGCACUUUUUUCUGACUUCUGCUUACCAUCUUUAUGCCUCCAAACUCAGCUAUUGCCAUACCUUGUUCUGCUAACUAUUCCAAUGAGAAAUCAAGAAAUAGUGAUGAGAGAAAAUGGGAAGGAAGCCCGAGGAAGCUGGGAACACCAGUGACCGUGAUCCAGCGAAUGAGAGAGGGAAGAAAGGAAGGUAGAUGGCAAGGUAGGCCAUAAAUUGCACUGCCCUUCUGAGGAAAUUAAUAGGGUUGAGCAAGAGACAAAGGCACCUGUCACAGAAGUCUCAUGUCUCUAAAGAAAGGAGCUACCUUGGUAUCCCCGAUUUCUUCACACCAGAAUUGUACUCAUAGUACAAACUCAGUGAUAGAAAUACAGUGUAGCAACUCAAGCCAUCAGUCAAUUACAUUCCCAUUAUACCGCCCUUGCUGCUGCCACAGGAAGGAUUAGGCAGAAAAUCCAGUUCUGUGUAUAACUUGGGCAAAAGCUAGUUCUUUUUCUUUUCUUUUUUAUAAAAAGCAUACUGAUGAAGGCUAAACAUAGGCUCACCAUUUGAUCCAGCAUUUGCACUCCUAGGUGUUUACUCAAGUAAUGUGAAAACAUAUGUCUGCAUAAAAACUUGGACAUGAAUGUUAAUAGCAGCUUAAUUUAUAAUUGCCAAAAAAUGGAAGUAACCAAGAUGUCCUUCAAUAAGUGAAUGGAUAAACGAACAGUGGUACAGGCAGUCCCUGGUUAUGAACAAGAUCCGUUCCUAAGUUUAUCUUUAAGAAUUUGUAGGUAAGUUAGAACAGAUGCAUACAGCUCUUAUUUAGCCUUACUUUAGUGCAAGAAAAGGCUGAAGCCUUUCCAGUGAUGUAAAAGUCUCAUGUGCAGCAAGCGAAGAUGAUUGUAAUAAAGAAUUUGUUGCAGUAGGGAUUGGUUCAGUCGUUUCACAAUGAGGGCGUAUUUACGUAACAUUAAAGGGCAUUAUGGACAACGUCAAAGUUGUCCAUAAGUCGGAUGUUCGUAACCCAGGGACUUAUUGUAUAUCUAUACAAAAGUAUUAUUCAAGGAUAAAAAGAAAUGAGCUAUCAAGCCACAAAAAGACAUGGAGGAGCCUUA